AUGUCUGUUGCGACAAUGUUACAACCAGCAUCUAGAGCAUCUACCUCCUCUUCCUCGUCGUUUCAACCGGUUGCGCGUCAAAACACAAUGUCUUCUCAUGACACUCGGUCCCUUCGUCAAUCGAAGCGGAUGUCCGUCACCGCACUCUAUCUGUCUAUGUCCGCAAAGGACAGAGAUUUGGAAAUCUCAGAUGACCUGGCUAAAGCCCAAAAAUUCCUACGAGAACUAAAAUCGAAGAUCUCCUCGCAAUCGAAGAAAAAUUUCGUGCUAGAGAAGGAUGUUCGUUACUUGGAUUCGCGAAUAGCUUUGCUGAUUCAGAACCGAAUGGCCUUGGAGGAGCAAAAUGAAGUCGCGAAUCGCCUGGACGACACGGUUGAUCCCCAGGAAGGGUUCUUCCCCAACGACGAGAAAACUCAAAAAUAUGGCAAUCUUCUUUUUCUUCUCCAGACUGAACCGCGACACAUUGCGCACCUCUGCCGACUUGUCUCUAUGUCCGAAAUCGAUUCCCUCCUUCAAACUGUCAUGUUCACCAUUUAUGGAAACCAGUACGAGAGUCGCGAGGAGCAUCUGCUACUGACCAUGUUUCAGUCCGUGCUCACCUAUCAGUUUGAUAAUACUCCCGAAUACUCCUCUCUUCUGCGACAAAACACUCCUGUUUCGCGUAUGAUGACCACCUACACCCGCCGUGGGCCUGGCCAGAGCUAUUUGAAACAGGUCUUGGCCGAGCAGAUCAACUCGUUGAUCGAGCUGCGCGAUGUUGACUUGGAAAUCAAUCCUUUGAAGGUUUAUGAGGCCAUGGUCAGGGAUAUUGAGGAAAAAAGCGGCUCGUUGCCAGAUGACCUCCCUCGUGGCGUGACCGGCGAAGUCGCUGCGGAAAACCCGCAGGUGCAGGCCAUUAUUGCGCCGCGCCUCAAGAAGCUGACGGAUAUCGCCAACUCUUUUCUUACCACAAUUAUCAAUUCCGUGAAUCAAGCCCCAUAUGGUAUCCGCUGGAUUUGCAAGCAAAUCCGAAGUUUGUCACGGCGCAAAUACCCAGACGCUCAUGAUCAAACCAUCUGUACCCUCAUCGGAGGCUUUUUCUUCCUACGCUUCAUCAACCCGGCUAUCGUUACUCCUCGCUCGUACAUGUUGAUUGAUGCUACACCGACGGAUAGGCCUCGACGCACUCUGACUUUGGUCGCAAAGAUGCUCCAGAACCUAGCUAACAAGCCGUCAUACGCGAAGGAGCCAUAUAUGGCCAAACUUCAGCCUUUCAUCCAGCAAAACAAGGAGCGUGUCAACAAAUUCAUGCUUGAUCUUUGUGAAGUGCAGGAUUUCUAUGAAAGCUUGGAGAUGGACAACUACGUUGCACUCUCUAAGCGAGACCUCGAAUUGCAGAUUACACUAAACGAAGUGUACGCAACGCACGCUUUGCUGGAGAAGCAUAACGUGGCCCUGGCUCAGGACCAACAUUCCCACCUUCAGGAGAUCUUACAGGAGCUUGGCCCCGCUCCUCCACAACUACCGCGCAAAGAAAAUCGAACCAUCACGGUUCCCCUAUUCAGCCGGUGGGAAACAGCAUUAGAUGACUUGACUGCCGCCCUGGAUAUUACGCAGGAGGAAGUUUUCUUCAUGGAAGCCAAGUCUACUUUUGUCCAAAUUCUGCGAUCUCUUCCCCCUCACUCAUCCGUGGCUCGCCGCCCUCUUCGCCUAGAUCGUAUCGCUGAAGCUGCUGCGACAUUGAAGAAUGACGCGGUCAUGGUUCGUAAGGGUAUUCGAACCAUGGAGCUUCUGAGCCAAUUGCAGGAAAUGGGCGUCAUUGAUCGGUCGGAUGAGUUCAGUCUCCUCCGUGAUGAGGUCGAACAGGAACUCGUACAUUUGGGUUCUUUGAAGGAGAAAGUUAUGGAAGAAACGAGGCAGUUGGAGUCGGUAUACUCGACGAUUCGUGACCAUAACGGGUUUCUCGUUGGCCAGUUGGAAACGUACAAGUCCUACCUACAGAAUGUGCGCAGCCAGUCCGAAGGAAAGUCAAGGAAAACGCAGAAGCAGCAGGAAUUGGGACCCUAUAAGUUUACCCAUCAGCAACUCGAAAAAGAAGGGGUCAUUCGCAAAAGCAAUGUUCCGGAGAACCGACGCGCAAACAUCUACUUCAUGUUCAAGAGCCCGUUGCCUGGGACUUUCGUGAUCAGCCUUCAUUAUAAAGGUCGUGCUCGAGGCCUUUUGGAAUUGGAUCUCAAGCUUGACGAUUUGCUCGAGAUGCAGAAGGACAACUUAGAAGACCUUGACCUGGAAUAUGUUCAGUUCAAUGUCUCCAAGGUGCUUACUCUCCUCAACAAACGCUUCUCUCGCAAGAAGGGCUGGUAA